AUGACCCAAAAACUCACGUUUACUACUGCUAGCGUGCGGAAUCUUGUCAUUUCCAACCCGACUGACGCACUCUACUAUGAGGUGUUAACUCCUAAGUGGGAGUCGCAUCAGACGACAGUGCGCCGACUGGACACUCACGCAAAUCGAUACGACACUGUCGGUAGCGUCCGAAGCCAGUCUAGCAAACCCGUCGCAGUCAGCAUGUACAACGGAGAGUUCGUAAAUGAGGAGUUGUGGUUGCGGAAAAUUGAGGAA